CCAGUUAGAUCCCUUGACUAAUGAGAGAGGAGAAUGCUGCUGCCUUAUGGCGCCCGCGACCAAGUCCAGUUUCUCCUUUGGAAAUUGGUGGUGAUUGAAGUACUUAGAUUUGGAGCCAUUUGGACUAGGUGAGCCGCCUCAUUCGUGCUCUCUAUACCCACUUCCCACAUCUAUCGCCCGGACGGCCACUGACUGCGGUCGGUGUCCUCCCGGUGGUACCAGAAACAUGCCCGUCCCUGCUGGAUACUUCAGUAACACCCCCAUGGCCUUUACGUCCUCGGCCUCGCUUAUCCCGCCUCCCCCGAUCAACACCCACCAGCCCGGGGUUGUCACCUCUCUUCUUUACAGCGGCUCUAAAUUCCGAGGACAUCAGAAGAGCAAAGGCAACUCGUACGAUGUCGAGGUUGUUUUGCAGCAUGUGACCAUGGAAGACUCCUAUUUGUGUGGUUAUUUGAAGAUCAAAGGGUUGACAGAGGAGUACCCCACUUUGACUACGUUUUUUGCUGGUGAGAUUAUCAGUACAAAGCGUCAAUUUCUAACCAGGAAGUGGGAUGCUGAUGAAGAUGUGGAUCGCAAGCACUGGGGCAAAUUUCAGGCCUUCUAUCAGUAUGCAAAGACAUUCAAUUCAGAUGAGUUUGACUAUGAAGAGCUGAAGAACUCUGACUACAUCUUCAUGAGGUGGAAGGAGCAGUUCCUGGUCCCUGAUCACACCAUUAAAGACAUCAGCGGAGCUUCCUUUGCUGGUUUCUACUACAUCUGCUUCCAGAAAUCUACAGCCACCAUAGAGGGAUACUACUACCAUAGGAGCUCAGAAUGGUACCAGUCUCUGAACCUCACCCAUGUUCCAGAACACAGUGCAGCGAUCUAUGAGUUCCGGUGACCCAGGCAUUGUGGCUCUGUAGGCACAGGUGGACGUUAAGGCAGAGCAAGAGGCCCGCAGAAGCUACUGAGACUUGGGAACGGUGGGCCUCAUGGAAACUGUUGGUACCACAACCAAAGGGGUGUGUGUCUUUCCGUGGAAGGAAACUAAACGGAAUGAUGGAUUGACGAAGCAGGUCAGUUUGAGUGGAGACUUAAUGGAUGGAUUGAUUGACGGAUGGAUGGAGAAGACCGGAAACUAACUGCUCUGACUCAUGGAAGGAUUGGGGGCAGAUAGCUGCAGCGGUGUGAUGCUUUCUCUUUUUUCAUUUUUUUUUUUUUUUUAACGUCUGGUUUUAAAAGCUUGUUUUCUUUCUCUGCUGCUUUCUAUUGUUGGACACUUUAUAAAUAAAGCUGGGGAUUCCUUCUUA